AUGGCCUAUCGCUUACCCGCACGCGGAGCAGCCGGCGCACCGUCGUUUGAUCCGGAAGGUGACCCCCGCACCAUCCUCGGAUUCUUCGACGACCUCGACUACUGCUUUGAACAAGGGCAAAUCAAUGACGAAGACCGCAAGAAGGCACACGCAGUUCGCUACGCACCCGACUCGGAGAAGACUAUCUGGCGCGCGAUCCCGGAGUUCACAGAUGCCACGAAGGACUACGAAGACUUUAAGAAAGCCGUGAAGAAGGAGUACGUAGGAGAAGACGGAGUAGGGCUGUUCACUCGGAGGGACCUGGAGUUGCUCGUGGACAAGACCGCGAGCCAGCCGAUCGAAUCAAUCAACACCUUCAACAAGUACGGCCGUCUCUUCCGCGACCGGUCCGCCUUCCUCGUCCUCGGCAACCAGCUUCAGCCGAAGGAUCGUGACCAUCUCUUCUUGCUCGGCCUGCCACUCGCGCUGCGCACCCCCAUCCUCGAUCGCCUCCGCAUUAUCAAACCAACCAUCCUCUACCCCCGCGACCCUUACCCCAUUAACGACGUUACCGAAGCCGCACACCACGUCCUGGAGGCCGCGCUAGUCGGCACCGUUUCCGGAAGCUCACUCGUACCAACUCAAGUGGUCGCCCCUGUCCAGGUGCCAGCGAUCAAGUCAGAAGCUACGAUGGUCAUGGAGCAACUCGCUGCCACGCUCUCACCACCAUCAUAG